AUGGCCUUUCAGUUCAACUUCAGGGUAGAAGAAGACCUGGACAGUAAAUUAACACCCCUUGAUGAUGAUGGAGCUUUGACCCUGGAUUUGUCAAAAGGACCGUCUGUCUCAAAAAGUCAAAAGAGCAAGCAGGACAGAAAGCGUUCUGCAGGACUGGCGGACUUGCCUGCUGAUGCCUUGUGGGAGUGCUCCUCAGCGGGAAAUGCAGCUUCCUCUGAAGACACUGAGAGCCCGCGCAGUACAACUGACAGGUCAGGUGACCCGGAAGCAUGUGAAAAAGCACCCUCUUUGAGAGCUGCUCAAGAACAUGCUAUGCCUGAAGAUUUUAAUCAAGCCUUAGAAAAUAAGGUUCUGGAAAUGUUGCCAGUUCCCCAGCAUGUGAACACAGCAGUAGUGAAAACUAUCUCCUUGGCCGAGAAAUUCCCUGGAGAAAACAUAGUUUCGAAAAGCUUUUCUUCUCAAUCCGAUCUGAUUCCAGGUGUGUACGAAGGAGGCUUAAAAAUCUGGGAAUGCACCUUUGAUCUCCUGACUUAUUUCACCAAGGCCAACGUGAAAUUCGCUGGGCAAAAAGUGUUGGAUCUUGGCUGCGGGUCUGGAUUGCUUGGAAUAACCGCGUGCAAAGGAGGAGCUAGGGAAGUUCAUUUUCAGGAUUAUAACAGUUUGGUGAUUGUUGAAGUGACCUUACCUAACGUAGUUGCUAACUUCCCUUUGCAAGAUGCCAACAGUGAUGCAAACGAGCCAGGUGGGAAAAGGCAAAGUGAGUCAAAGAUAGCCAGAGAAAUAUGUAAAUGCCGGUUGUUUUCUGGGGAGUGGUCCGAGUUUUGUAAGCUUGUAUUAAGUGAAAAACUGUUUGUGAAAUACGACCUCAUUCUCACUUCAGAAACCAUUUAUAAUCCCGAUUAUUACAGAACUUUGCAUGAAACAUUUCUCAGACUGUUGAGUAGGAAGGGCAGGGUGCUUCUGGCAAGCAAAGCACAUUAUUUUGGUGUUGGUGGUGGCGUUCAUCUCUUUCAGAAGUUUGUAGAAGAAAGGGAUGUAUUUGAGACUAGAACACUUGAAAUAGUUGAUGAAGGUCUCAAAAGGUUUGUAAUUGAAAUGACUUUUAAGCACCCCAGUUAAUAAACAGAAUUAACGCAGAACUUGUGACUAUUUCAUUUCUUUUUC